UUCAGUCAGCCUCUAGAAGUCGAUCGUGAUCGGUGGCUUAAGCAACACACAUCUCUCUACUAUCUGUUGUCUGUUGUGCCCAGUCUCUGUCUCCAGUCUUCAGUCUCCAGUCCUCAAUCUUCAGUCUGCAGUCUCCAGUCUACAACUUACAAAACAAAAUAAAUCUACAAACUUCGUGUGUUCGUCUUCAAAUUUUGAGUGCAGUUUUCGAUUACGAAUUGAAAUUCGUUGCGCGCGUUUUUAAAUACGGUUAUUUUGUUUUUGUUUAUUUUUUUUUUGCGAAUUUCAAGUUUUGCAAACGAGCAACCAACAAAAUCAAAUACAUCAACAAUCCAACACACCCACACACACACAAACACAAAAUGAAGUACUUCAACAUCUGCCUGCUUUUUAUCGUCUGCGCUCUGUGCUACGGACUGGUGGCCACGCAGGAGGAGAACGCGCCAGCGAACGCAUCGCCGGCGAAGAGGAUCGCCGCACUGCGUCGCCCCGUGGGCAAGGCGGUGGGCAAGCCGACGACAACGACAACGGCGGCGCCAGCGCACGACGAUGCCGGCGAGGAGGAUGAUUACAAUGAUGAGGCCGGAGGUGCUGGCGAGAAUGGUCAGUAUGGGGAUGAGGGCGAGGAUGGCGCUGCGGCGUCGGCGGCCAGCACCACGACGACGACGACAGAGGCGCCCAAGAAGGUGGGACCCGUGAUCCGUCCAUUCCGUUCCAACGAUGAUUUCCUCAACUCGCUGAAGCGUCGCCAGCAGAACGCGAAGAAACAUCGCGCCGAGAAGGCGCCGGUGAGCAAGCCAGCGAAGAAGACCGCCGACGAGGAUGACGAGGAAUCCGCUCCAGCCGCAGCUCCAGCUGCCGCUGCGCCCGCCGCUGCUCCCGCUGCCGGCAAAGGAUACAAAGGCAACUCUGCACUGAACCGCCGCAAGCUGACGAAGCCCCUGAGGUCGGAGCCGGAGGCCGAUGCUGCCGCCGAGGAGUCCGAGCAGCAGCAGAAGGAGGAGGAGCCGAAGCCCAAGCGUCCGCUCAGCAGUCGCCUCGCCUUGAGGAAGCGCAACUAAGGCGGAUGAGGAUGGAUAAAGCGUCCUUGUUUUGGGCUGCCUUAUAUAAUGCUAUAUACUAUAUACUAUAUAUAUUCCUUCUCCCUCACUCUCUUGCUCUCUGACUCGCUCUGUAUCUAUCUCGCUGUCACACACACUCAUGGCUAGCUAUGGGCAGCAUUACGAGCUGCCGUUUAGUUCUUAGUACACACACACACACACACACACACACUUGCACACACACACACACCCACACAGACAGGCUAAGGCAUGUGUAUGUGUAUUCACAUCGGAAUACGAAUAACUCAUGAAUGCCUGCACUAUUAUUCACUCCCCCCUCCCACACUCCACACUCCACAUACCAUGUUCAUCUACUUAUUACUCACCUAAUCAGUUUAUAAACUAUUAAAUAAAACAAACAACAAAUACAACAACAAACUGAACAACAACAAAAAUAAAACAAAAUCAAAAUAUUAUGA